AUUGUAAAUAUCUGAUAAACUUUUUAUGUUCUUUUGCAUUGUAGAAGAACCCUGAAACUUCAUGGCCUCAUUCUCACUCGUUAUAAAUAUGAGCAAAAUUCACGUCACCAUUUCAUAAAGAAUCCCACGAUCAAAUUAAUAAGAAAAAAAAAGGAAAAAUGUCUUUGGUUCCUCAAAUUCUGAGCGAAGUUUUCCCACAAUUUCAAUCAACCAAUGAAAUUUCUGCCUCAGCCAACGCACGGAUAGACUGGAAGGAGACGCCGGAGGCCCAUGUUUUCAAAGCCGAUCUUCCGGGGCUGAAGAAAGAAGAGGUGAAAGUAGAGGUGGAGGAGGGUAGGGUUCUGCAAAUCAGCGGUGAGAGGGCGGCGGAAAAGGAAGAUAAGAAUGAUAUAUGGCAUCGGAUGGAGAGGGGAAGAGGCAAGUUUCUCAGGAGGUUCUAUUUGCCGGAAAAUACGAAAACCGAUGAAGUGAAGGCAACUAUGGAGAAUGGUGUUCUUACUGUAACUGUUCCUAAGCAGGAGGUGAAGAAAACUGAAGCGAAGACUAUUGAAAUCACUGGGUGAAAAAAGAGCAUUACUUUCAACUGUCUGGAAGUUUCGAUUGUUGUUCUGCGUUUGUUUGUUUAAUGAUGUUUUUGCAUGUGGAACUUUGCGUCAUUUUUAUGAAUGUUUGUAUUUCGUAUAAUAUGCAGUAUGUCUCCUGUGUUGUGAUGAAUAAAAGUUGCUUGGCCCAUUAAAACGGUGUUAACGU